AUGCGCUCUGCCAUGAUCAUCCUCGGUGCCGCGGCCCUGGUUGCCGCUCACCCUCCCAAGCCGUCCAGCACUCUCACCUCGGUUGCCACCUUGACUACGACCUUUACUCCUCCGACGGUCACCCCUCCGGCCGUCAGCUCCACCGAGGACUGCGACGACGAGUCUAGCACCGUCGCCCCCACCACCAGCAGCAGCAGCAGCAGCAGCAGCAGCUCUGUCAAGAUGACCACUUCGACCACCUCCAAGACCCUCAUCGUAACCGUCACCAGCUGCGCUCCCACCGUCACCAGCUGCCCGGGCAAGCCUCACGUCACCACCACCGUCAUCGUCGAGACCACCGUCUGCCCCGUCGACGAGACCACCCCGACCUCCAAGCCCCCCGUCGGAAAGCCCACCACCUCGACUCCCUACCCCACCGGCACCAAGACCAGCCAGAAGCCCCCGGUCGGCACUGGCGUUCCUCCUACCCAGCAGCCUCCCGUCAAGCCUCCUGUCGGCACCGGCACCGGUCUUCCCCCCACCCCUCCCAAGCCUACCACCACCCCUCCUCCGGUCACCGCCGGUGCCGCCAAGAUGGCCUCGGGCUUCUCGGCAGUCGUGGCUUUCAUUGGCGCCGUUGCUUUCUUGUAG